CGAGGAGGGGCAUCAAAUCCUUAUCGCUCUAUCGCGCCCUAUCAGGCCUAGCGUAAGAGUCAUAGCCAUUUCGAGAGACUGCACACGAGGAAUUUUGCCAUCAUCAAGGCGAAAUACGCAAAAUCUCGGCCCUCGACGACCCGCAACCUGGAGAACCAUUCGUGAGACCUUCGAAUAUUGGACCGUAAUUUUCUACCGAUCCAGCCGACCGAUUACCUUACUCGAAACCGCUCCCCCGCUGCUCUACGACCGAAAAACCACUUCUGAAAUACCGUCCGAAUUGCCCCGCCUUCAUCAUGUCUGCCAACGGCGACCCUAAAUACGACGACAUCGAGUCCGAGUCUGACUCCGGCGAGUCUGUCGGCCACAACGAGGCUGGUGAUGAGAAGCCCCUCAAGUCGGCUCUGAAGAAGUCCAACCCAGCUAUCGCAGAGCCCGCUGCUCAAAAACCUCCUCUGCCUCCGCAAACCGACCCCAAAGAUCUCGAUGUUGCCAGCCUGACCCCCUUGACGCCCGAGAUUAUUGCCCGUCAAGCUACUAUCAACAUUGGUACCAUUGGCCAUGUAGCUCACGGAAAGUCCACCGUCGUCAAGGCCAUCUCUGGUGUCCAGACUGUCCGUUUCAAGAACGAGUUGAUCAGAAACAUUACCAUCAAGUUGGGUUAUGCCAACGCCAAGAUCUACAAAUGCGACAACCAAGCAUGCCCUCGACCUGGAUGCUACCGCAGUUACAAGAGUGAGAAGGAAGUUGACCCUCCUUGUGAGAGAGAUGGCUGUGGCGGCACUUACAGGCUAUUGCGACACGUCUCAUUCGUCGAUUGCCCCGGUCACGAUAUUCUCAUGAGCACCAUGUUGUCAGGCGCCGCCGUCAUGGACGCCGCUCUCCUUCUCAUCGCCGGUAACGAAUCUUGCCCCCAGCCCCAGACCUCUGAGCACUUGGCUGCUAUUGAGAUUAUGAAGCUCGACAAGAUCAUCAUUCUCCAGAACAAGGUUGAUCUUAUGCGAGAAGAGGCUGCGCAGCAGCACUACCAAUCCAUCCUCAAGUUCAUCCGAGGAACUGUCGCCGGCAAGUCCCCAGUCAUUCCCAUCUCUGCCCAGCUCAAGUUCAACAUCGAUGCCGUCAACGAGGCCAUUGUCAACACCAUUCCCGUUCCUCCCAGAGACUUCAGCAUAGACCCUCAUAUGAUCGUCAUUCGAUCAUUCGACGUCAACAAGCCUGGUUCCGAGAUCGACGACCUCAAGGGUGGUGUUGCUGGUGGUUCUAUUCUCCACGGUGUUGUCAAGCUUGGUGAUGAGAUCGAGAUCCGACCUGGUAUUGUCUCCCGAGACGAUAGCGGUGCCCUAAAGUGCACUCCCAUUUUCAGCCGAGUCGUCUCGCUUAACUCCGAAGCCAACGACCUCAAGUACGCCGUUCCCGGUGGUCUCAUCGGUGUCGGCACCCGAAUUGAUCCUACUCUGUGCCGAGCCGAUCGUCUGGUCGGUUUCGUCUUGGGUCUCAAGGGCCGCCUUCCCGAGAUCUACAGUGAGAUCGAGGUCAACUUCUACCUUCUCCGCCGCCUGCUCGGUGUGAGGACCGCUGAUGGUAAACAAGCCAAGGUUGCUAAGCUCGCUAAGAACGAGGUUAUCAUGGUCAACAUUGGUUCUACCUCCACUGGCGCCAAGGUUGCUGCCAUCAAGAACGACGCUGCUAAGCUUGUCCUGACCAGCCCCGCCUGUACCAACAUCGGCGAAAAGGUUGCUCUGAGCAGACGUAUUGAGAAGCAUUGGCGUCUCAUUGGUUGGGCUACCAUUGCUGCUGGUGUGACCCUCGAGCCCAGCACUGCUUAGACUUUCCACCUAGACCAACGAACGACUUAAGCAGCUUUUUCGCAUGAUUUCCCGGCUACAUGACAUGAAGAGCUCAAGAACGCCCAAUUGCAGAGGCAAAGCCCCAGAAGGCAUUUUGAGUAGACGGUUGGCGCUGGAGGGGGCCUGGUGUUUGGUGGUAUUUUACAAGAGAGCAUGGGGACGAAAGAACAAGGGGAGCUAGAUGAGUCCAUGCCACGAGCUCCGAAGAACAUGUGGCUGUGACUAGCGGAUGAGAAAUGUAGUUGCGCUGUAAAUGCAUCGAGGUUACACCAACCUCACAGGGAGACCCAAAAGUUUUAGCCAAACGCUCAUAGCACGAAAUGAAGAGAUUUCAUGACUAAA